AUGAGUUCCCCAAGAGAGGUAUGCCCGAGCAUCCUUACCCGGGUUUCGUCUCAAAGUAAUCAAUACCGAACUGAGCGAGAAGAAGCAUUGCCUGAUGGCCGCCUCAGACCCUGCAAGUUUGAUUGGGCGGAUGACGUGGAAGACUACAUUCAAAAAGCAUCAACUAACCUGGUACUCCAGCAUCGUUCCGCCAGUAUUAUCAAGCAAAUGACUGGACAAGUCUCCACCUGUACUCCUAUCAAGGAGGAGGUAUGGGAUGACCAUAUUGGAUGGUGCGAGGAAGGUAGCGAAUCUGUUGAUGAGCCCCAAACCUGGACAUUGCAGAGCCUGGGCUCGCCUUCAAGUCACAAACAGUCACCCACGAGCGACGAAACAGACCUAAAGGUAAGCUCGCCCAACUAUGACACCGAGGCUUACAACGAAAUCCAGGAAAGCCUGAAUGUAAACUUUGACUAUCGCGAUGGCUGCAUAGAAACGGAUUCCAGAAUUCACCACUUCGACUGGGUGGGUCGCCCCAUUUAUGAGCACAGUGCAACGUGCCCUUCAGACUCUCUUGCAAUUAUCAUGACAAAGCCAAAGAACAUUCAUACCCCAGGCAUGGUGAGGCAAAAAGCACUUCUGAACUGCGCAUUUCAGUACAUCGACCCAGUCAUCGUAGUAUUGGACGACACAGUACCCGAUCUGCUCGAGCUUCGAGGCGCAAAGCUAGCCCAGGCAUCUGCAGGAAGGGUACACAAAUUCUACUCUGCCCAUGGCCGAUGGCUAGAAGACUCUCGAGACUCAAGUGAAGAAAACACCCUUGACUUUGGACAUAUCGAAGUGUACGAAUCAGACCAUGUCGCAAUAGGAAACGGAUUUGUAGAGUCAAGUCCAAUUCAAUCGACAUCACAGUGGGUGAGUAAAAUCCCGGAUGCACCAGAGCGCGCACGGGCAAUGCCGCGAAUGAGAACAUUUAAGCCGCAGCCGUCACCAUUGAGUCAAUCUGAAACGGCCCCAGUCUCAGAGGUUCACCACCAAGUGAAACCAAAUAUCUCAAAGCAGGCUCGGCACCCACUCCCAAAAAUUACAACAUGCGUCAAGGAAGAAAUACCAUAUGUGUAUUACUCAUUCCCAGAACAUGAAUUUGGCAAGCCGAGAUUGAGAGCAGUGAAAAAAGCGAUCAAGCGCGCUUUCUUUAGCUUGAAAUCCUUCCUAACAUCAUCCAAGUCUGUACUUUGUUAG